CUUUCUAUGUGGCUUUGACCUAGAAAAGAGCCCUGGUGGCCAUUCUCACCAUCCCAGGAGAGGCUCCCUCCAGCGUCUGGGGCUUCUAUUCUUGCAUGAAUGGCGCUCUCUUUCCAUAUAUAUACAUAUAUAUACACACACAUAUAUAUGUGUAUAUAUAUUCAUACAUAUAUAUAUACAUAUAUAUAUAUGUAUAUAUAUAUAUAUGCACCUAAUGCUGGUUGGAGAAAUAAAUUGGGCGGCUGUCAACGUGAUAUGUACCAGCCUUGGCUAACACGUAGAGAUUUCAGUUUAAUAUAUUUUUUCCAUCUUAGUUUCUAUAGAAGCUAGAAAUAUACUGUUUUUUGACUCUUAGCUGAGAAAUCAAAUUCUUUCGUUGACUGGGACAAUGAUUAAAUCGAGAAUCCGGGUCAAACCAUAACAAAUACUAAUAACAGUAGUAAACUGCCACCAGCCCCAACACCGUGUGGGACCUGGAGGAAUGAAGCAGAAAUUAUGAAUGUAAACAUUUAUCAACAUCUCCAAAUGAUUAUUUUCAUCUUACAUGAUAAUAACUUGCUUGAAAUCACCAUCAUCUGAUGGUCUUGUUAAAGAAACAACAACUCAAACAUGAUUUUCUUCUAACACAACUUUUUAAAAAAUCCCUUUUUAAUUUUUGACUCUUGAGUUUUCAUUUUCACCUAUCAGAUUCUUUCCCUAAAGAAAUUCGAGGACAAUUUAAAAUUAUAUCCUUUCCUGCCAGGCCCUUAUUUAUAUAUGCAAAGAAGAAACUUUCCCAGCUUCGAUUGACUGGGUCACAGUCAGAAGGCUUCUGGGUGCAGCCCCCAUUGGGUGGGCAGCAGCCGAUUUCGAGGAUGCACCAUAGUCUCUGGGGAGGCCAAUCAUAGCCCAGUCCUUUCCCAAUGUUUUCUCCUUGGGGGAAGUGAGGGGAGAAAUCGAAAAGCAAGGAAGAGAUUAAGGAAGUCGUUGCCAGAUUCCUAGGGGGGGCCUUGCCACACACCCCCAAGUCCUGAACCCCAUCAGCCUGCAUUCACCAGUUUUACAGAUCUUAUAAACACCCUCUGGAUAUUCAACCAAAUCAUAUAAAUAAAUCGUUCUUCAAGCUCCACAGAACUGAGCAUUUUAAAGCUAAUUCAAGGGGUUUUACAAGCCUAACAAAUACAGUUGUAAAAAUGCCAUUGAAAAGAUAUCACAUUUACAAAAUGAGAUUGAUCCAUGUGCUAUAAAAGUCAACUAUCUCAAAGGAACACCUCUCAGGCAAGAGAGCGCAGCCCAGGACAGUAUUUUUCCUGUCCUGUUUGGAGAAGGCCAGGCCUGGGGCUGCAGUAAAAGCAAUUCAGAGAAUUUCUGGAGCUGGUGAGACAAACUGUUUCUGGUUCUGGAGCAACUGUGGGUGGCAGGUCCCCCAAAAUGUCCCAGAAAAGGCAGGAAAGGGGACAUCCCAGGACAGUGUCCAUGGACAGGCGACCCAGAAACCAAGCACAUCCAUCAUUCCGGCGGCCUUGGGCCCGCAGAGCUGCCCUCUAUGCCCGGCUGGGCCAGGGACCCUGGGUCACCAGCACCUCUGAAAUGAGGACAGAGAUUCCACAUCUGGAUCUGUCUCAUCUCUGAGCUAUCAGGGUGGCAGAGGGAGAGUCUGGCGAGUUGGGCUUGGGCAAGGGGAGCAGGUCCCAGGGCUGGAUUCGGAGCUCAGUCUCACAACUACUCCUCUGUAGGUCCCUUUCUUGUUGAAACCAGUGGUUUCUGCCCUCUCGGUUCCUGGGUUCAGAGGCAGCAGGAGCGGGGCUCACAGCUUGUGAGGGCUGCUUUGAGGCCAGGCAAUCGCUGGCCAUUGGAAGGAGGCCCCUCGAGACUCAAAGGAGACGCGUUGUAUGUGGGAGUAGGGGGCCGGCGGGGAAAGAGACUAGCCUCGUCCUGGUCCUGGUCAGCUCGAGGUGAGCCUUUCCCCUUGGCGGCGAGGCCCAGGCCCUUGGUGGGAGCGGGGAAGGAGAGGAGGAGGUGAUGCCCGGAUUCCUAAGGCGCAGGAGUGAAGGCCUGGUUUCUCAGAGCCCUUCUCCAGCUCCGGAGCCCGCACCCACGGGUAGGGGAGUGCAGGGGGAGGGGCAAACUCAGGUCCCUGCCGGGAGGGCAGGCCAACCCGGAGCAAAGACAUCCUCGUCACCGCCCCUCCCUGAGCGAGGCUGUCAGGUUUCCUGUUUGGAGAGAAAACCCAGCAAAAUCCAACAAGGCAAAAGGGUCGGGGGGGCGGAUAGAAAGAGCGGGCCUGGCCAGGUCUUUGCAUCAGCCCGGACGCGGGUGCCCCUACCCCGGCCCGAGCCGCACGCCCCUGCCCAGGCCUCGCCCGCCACCGGCUUUCGGGAAGAGAGCCGGGCCGGCUGGCUGUGCGCGCCCAUUAAUCUGCCGGGCGGGCGGCGGGCGGGCGGGCUGGGGGCUGUUUGUAACUUUGCUGCCUCGGUCGCCGCGGUCCCCGGGGAGCGGGCUCCGGCGCUCGCUCCCAUUGGCCGCCGCCGCGUCAGCUGGUGCGAUUUGCUGCUGUCGCUUUUGGCGUUCGGCCAUCCAGAAACAAACCAGUUCGAUGACUACUAAUAGUUAUAGCCAGAUGUACUAAUACACAACAAAUCACAGUCCUGCAGAGGGGCGCGCAAAUGAGUUCCUAUUUUGUGAAUCCCACUUUCCCCGGGAGCCUGCCCAGCGGCCAGGACUCCUUCUUGGGCCAGCUGCCCCUCUACCCGGCCGGCUAUGACGCGCUGAGGCCCUUCCCGGCCUCGUACGGGGCGUCGAGCCUCCCGGACAAGACGUACACCUCACCUUGUUUCUACCAACAGUCCAACUCGGUCCUGGCCUGCAACCGGGCGUCCUACGAGUACGGGGCCUCAUGUUUCUAUUCUGAUAAGGACCUCAGUGGCGCCUCGCCCUCGGGCAGUGGCAAGCAAAGGGGCCCCGGGGACUACCUGCACUUUUCUCCCGAGCAGCAGUACAAACCCGACAGCAGCAGCGUGCCGGGCAAAGCCCUCCAUGACGAAGGCACCGACCGGAAGUACACGAGUCCUGUUUACCCCUGGAUGCAGCGGAUGAACUCCUGCGCGGGUGCUGUGUACGGGAGUCACGGGCGCCGAGGCCGCCAGACCUACACGCGCUACCAGACGCUGGAGCUGGAGAAGGAGUUCCACUUCAACCGCUACCUGACGCGGCGCCGCCGCAUCGAGAUCGCCAACGCGCUCUGCCUCACGGAGCGCCAGAUCAAGAUCUGGUUCCAGAACCGCCGCAUGAAGUGGAAAAAGGAAAAUAAACUCAUCAAUUCCACACAACCCAGCGGGGAGGACGCUGAGGCAAAAGCGGGCGAGUAGACGCCUGGGCAGG